CAACCUCGUGUUGAAAUUUGGAGUGAAAAUAAUUUCAACAUGGACUCAUGCCUGCAGGAUGUGCGUCAGAAGUUGAGUAGAAAAGCAACGUUCGAACAGGCACUGGCAGAUCUUCAACAACUUCUCAACGAUAACCCCGAACUCAUCCAGAACCCGGAAUAUUCUGCAGUAGUGCAACGAAGCUUCACUCUGUUGAAAUCGAGGUACACAGCUCCAGCGUUUUGGUCAGCAGGCCGAAAUCUGUACCAGGCAGUCGAGGGAGCGACCAGCGAACCAGAUGUCAAGGCCAGGUGCACAGACUACAUCGACCAGUGCUCUGCCCACCUAGGGGAAGGGCCCAGCACGGAUAGCGAGGCACCUCAGCCAGAGCCUGCAGGAACACAGCAAGGCUCAAGGCAGCCAUAUCUCUUCGAAGGCCAGUUCUCAAAUGGAAAUGAGUCUCCGCCAAGGGAGAGGGAGAGUAGGUUGGAGGAUCUGCUGGCGAUGCUGUCAGCGCAGAUGACAUCAGCGGAGACAGCUGGCGAAGGGCAAGACGGGCAGCCUGGCGAGGCCAUGCAGGCAGGCCAGACUCUGCCCAGCAUGGACGCCCUGGACGAAGACUUGGCAGCGGCGCUGGCAGCGUCCUUGGCGGAGGAGGGGGUCCGGCCGGGGGGCGCGCCCCCCGCUUCCAAGCAUGCAGUCAAGGCGCUGGUGAAGGAGACACUCACAGAAACGAGGCUGAAGCAGCUGGGGGGACCCGACGCCCAAUGCAGCGCGGGAGAUGAGGUGCAGAUCAUGCCCUGCAGUGACAGCCACGUUUUCCACCCGCCUUGCCUUGCUCCCUGGCUCAAAGACCACAACUCCUGCCCGGUGUGCCGGCAUGAGCUGCCGACUGACGACGACAGCUAUGAGAGGAAAAAGGAGCGGGACGCAAUUGAAGCCGAGGAGCGCAAGGGGGCUGCGAAUGCCGUGGCGCACAAUGAGUUCAUAUACGUGUAG